CUGCUUCAACUGUCCAAACGCGUCCGCAUGAACCAGCUUCGAAAUGUCCUCCCUCCAUGCUGCCUGAUCCAUUCAUUCCCACCACACCAUAUAUAUACCUAAGUUUCUCUUUCUCCAAUCUCCACCCCAAAACCCUACCUAUCUUUCUACAACCGUAUAAUAAUUAGCUUCAACAAACACAUACACCUAAGUACGUACGUACACCUCUUAACCUACGGGAGGUAAGCAUUGGGCUAUGGUUGUUGCCACCAUGGCCUGGCUCUCUGGGGCCUCCAAGAAAAUCCACCCCGAUCGUCAUCUCCCCUUUUCCUCCCACCAUGACAAGUCUCCCCCGGCCACCCUUGGAAUCCUCGCCUUCGAGACCGCCAAGACCAUGUCCCGUCUCAUUUCUCUCUACAGGUCUCUCACCGACGAUGAAAUCUCGAAGCUCAAGAAGGAAACCAUGAAGUCCAAAGGUAUUGCCUUCCUGAACUCCAAUGACGAAGGAUUCCUUCUCAACCUUGCCUGCGCCGAGCGGCUCGAGGAUCUCAAUCAGGUGGCCAUCACUGUCUCUCGCUUAGGCCAGAAAUGCUCCGAUUAUGGACUAAACCGUUUCGAUCUUGUCUACAAUGAUUUGAAACUCGGAGUCAUUGACAUGGGAAAACUCGGAUUCGGUGCAAGUAAAAUCCAGAAAAUCAUCAGAAAAAUGGAGAAAAGAAUUUACGCUACCGCCAAACUGUACGCAGCUUUGGAAUCUCUUGCCGAAAUGGAAGCGUCGGAGCGAAAAGUUCAGCGGUGGAAGAACACCCUUGGUCCAAAACAGAAAACGAAUUUGGAUUACGUAAGCCAGAAAAUCGCGUUUCACAAAAAACAGGUGCAACAAUACAAAGGAACCUCGUUAUGGAGUCAGAGCUUCGAUAGAAGCGUCGGACUCAUGGCUCGUAUAGUUUUCAUUAUCUACGCCCGAAUCUGCACUGUUUUUGGACCCUACAAUCCGGGUCUACCAUCUGUGUUGAAGAAUUUAUCACGUCCUACUUCAACUCGGGAAAGGCAACCUUUUUGGAACGUCCAUUUCAACCUCAAAGAAGAAGAAAUAUACGGGAACAACUAUUGCCUUGUCGAACUUGGAGAAAAGAACGAAAAGCUCACUUCGAAAUCGGGUCCGAUUCCAAAUAAGUCUAAAAAGGGCAGGGUUCGGUUUAUCAGUAAUGAAUUGAUGAACCCGUUUUUCCUGGACGAUCCUGGGUGUACGGGUAACACGAACUGCGGUACGAUGAGAAAGAAUAACCGGGUUUUCGGGUUGGCUCCACCGUCCACGGUGGGAGGGUCUGGAAUCUCGGUACGGUACGCUAAUGUGAUACUAUACGCGGAGCGGUGUUUGUACACGCCGGACACAAUAGGAGAGGAUGGGAGGGAGGAAUUGUACAACAUGUUGCCGGCGAAUCUCAAGUCGACGGUCAGAGGAAAGCUUAAGAGACAUUGGUUGAAAAAGGAGGAGGAAUCCGAUGGGUGCGAUGGGUACUCGCUGGCAGAGGGUUGGAGGGAAGCUCUGGAGGAGAUACUGGAGUGGCUGGCGCCCCUUGCUCACGAUACAGUGAGGUGGCAGGCGCAGAGGAACUUGGAGAAGCGUAUCAAUUUCGAUCCGGAGCCGACAGUGCUGUUGUUGCAAACACUACAUUACUCGGAUUUGGAGAAGACAGAGGCUGCAAUUGUCGACGUUUUGGUGGGGUUGAGUUGCAUAUACAUGUACGAGAAUAGACGGUAAUUGCCUGGCAAUUCUUGUGCUAGCUAACCGGGGAUGAUCAGUACAUGCAUAUACAUGAUCCAUGCAAUAUUAAAGGGUUCCAAUUCGAUCCAUUGGGACUGUGUUUUCGCAUUUAAGCUCAGGCUUUUGCUUGUUCUUUUAAUUCAAGUGAUUUUUUUUUUUUUCCAGCUUUUAUAUUUUUUCUUGAAAAAAUAAAAAGGCGGAAUUAAUAAAAAUAAUAAAUUAUGCUUUGAUUC